CCCACCUUGGGGGGCGAAAUUACCAGAAAACCAGUUGAUUAAAAACGGUAAAUGAUUACCCGACUCUAUAACGGGUAAUCAUUUACCGAUCGUGUUUAAAACAUAUAAACACGACAGUUUGGGUUUUGAAACCCAUUAUUUCAAAACCCAAAUUUCCCUCCCUCAAUCGCAUCCUCUCUCAAAGCUCGGUUCCACCACUUCAAUCAUCUCAAAGGUCGGUUCUAAUCAUCAUCAAAGCUCCCACAAAGACCCAUUCCAUUACAUUCAAAAGAUAGCGAGAAUGAAGGGCGGGAGGAAGAGGUCACGACAUGCUUCUACUAGUGAGGAUCCAGCGGAUCGACACGAGCGCUUGCAUGCUUCUACCAGGCGCAGCGACCAUAUUGCAGCCACUCAGGCGGUAGAGGCUUCAGCUCCGUCUCCAUCCCCAUCUGCUACUCCGGUCGGGGCUCCGUCAGCUACCCCCGCUCCGUCUGCUACUAGGGCUCCGGCUGAGCUGGACCCUGCUCCGUUGUCUCCGAUGGCUGAGUUACCUCGUCAGGAGACAUCUUCUUCUGAGCCUAGUGGCGAGGAGUCUUCUUCUUCUUCUGAGCUUAGUGGCGAGGAGUCUUCUUCUUCUUCUGAGCUCAGUGUGGCGAUUGGUGGUCAAACUAUGCGACGCAUUCCAUGAUGUGGCCAGGUCACCCUUACUGUUCCGCAACAUCAACUUCAAGCUGGCAUGUGCACCUUCA